GACAGAUUGAUGGGACUUGAGUAUUCUAGAUAGCUACCUAUGCAUCCCAUUCAACGUAAUCCUACUCGGUAGCGAAAGUGCCGCCAAGCCUUCCGUCAUCCUUGAGGCUCGAGAUGCAUUUCGAGGCGUCUGCCAGCGUUUAUCUGCACCAUGUCUCGUGCGACCUUGGCCUGCAAGGCAACAAGAAUAUUCCUUGUCCCUCUCGCGUGAAGGUCAUACUAAUUGUUCCGGAUGCUUUCUCCGCCCUAGAUCUACGGUGGCUUGACAUGAUCUUGCGCUACGCUAGCUAUCUCAGCCGCAACCCUGUCAAGAUCGCCACUACAACCAUAGCCACGACCAUCGACACCGCCAUCCUUCGAGUCCUAGAACAUGAUUGACUCAUAUAGAACC